AAUAGAUUAAAUCCUUAAUCAUAGUAGUAUUAAUUUCUUUGAAGGUUGCGCAAGUCCGACAUUUUAAUUUGCAUAUCGCGAUUUGAACAUACAAGUAACUGGUAGUAGGAUUUUAUCAACUUUUAUCUCCGGCUUUGUUCAUUGCCUUUUUAGCAAUGUCCAACUAUUGGCAAACCGAAUGUAUAGCGUUCGGGGGAUGAAAAAAUGACAGAUAGCGCUCUAUUCUGAUUCAGCAAAGCCGAGAGUAGAGAUGUCCUUUUACAAAUCGAAUAACAGCAUCUGCAGUAGCAGUAGUGAGAGACGAUACGGUAUGCUGUGCUCGCAGGAUGCAAGAGGCAUCCGUUUCAGUAAUUUUAAGUGGCCAAAGCGCGUGCAUUGCUUACAAGACCGCAGCGAUGUGACACGGUUAUAGGAUAACUUAAUUUUUUCUAACAACAAAAUACACUGAAGAAUAAUAAUCAUUAACCAUAUAAGUUAUAAACCAAGAAAGUUGUGAAUCACCUAAUUGAAAAUUGAAAAAAAAAAAUCAUUUUGAAAUCACAGUAAUAACAACAUAGGUGCGCGUAGACCAAUAUUUUCAAAUCGUGAUGGAAGUAUGGAAAUUCAUCUGGCAAUACUUUGUCUUGUCCAGAUGCAAAAAUUGAAAAAGGCCGUUAUCGAAGAAGUAACCAAAAACAAUUGCCAAUUUAAUCUGGUCUAACAACAUCCGUGACUGCCCGCUGUAGUGUGUGCAUCAGUGACUUUGCCCUCAAAGCCUGGACGACGCGUUGUAUGUAGUGCAUUUUCGGUUUUCAAUUGUAAAACAAGAACAUUCAAUAUAAUCGCAAUGAUAAAGAAAUUAAAAACAAAACUUCGCCUAAAUGAAGAAUGAAGAAACAAAAUGUACGCACGAUAUCUUUGAUCGUGUGCACAUUUACAUAUUUACUAGUUGGCGCUGCAGUAUUUGACUCACUUGAAUCGGAAACGGAAAAGCGGCGCUGGGAAGCACUGCAAGCUGUCGAAGAUAUGAUAAUACGAAAAUACAAUAUUACACAAGAGGAUUUCAAAGUGAUGGAGACAGUUGUGCUUAAAUCGGAACCACAUAAGGCUGGUCAACAAUGGAAGUUUACUGGUGCGUUCUACUAUGCAACAACAGUGUUGACUACAAUUGGUUAUGGCCACUCUACGCCAAGCACAAUCGGUGGCAAACUUUUCACAAUGUGCUAUGCGAUUGUGGGGAUACCGUUGGGCCUUGUUAUGUUCCAGAGUAUUGGAGAAAGAGUGAAUAGACUGAGCAGCUAUGUUAUACAAGCAGUGAGGAAGUCACUACGUUGUAAACGAACUGCAGCUUCCGAAGUAGAUUUAAUAUGCGUCGUGACAACGCUGAGCUCUCUAACGAUAGCUGGUGGCGCAGCGGCCUUUUCCCGCUACGAAGGUUGGAGCUAUUUCGAUUCAGUAUAUUACUGCUUUAUUACUUUAACUACAAUAGGUUUUGGAGACAUGGUAGCUUUACAAAAGGACAAUGCUCUCAAUAACAAACCGCAAUAUGUAAUGUUCGCACUGAUAUUCAUACUCUUCGGUUUGGCAAUUGUUGCAGCCUCGCUGAAUUUGCUGGUGUUGCGAUUCGUUACAAUGAAUACGGAGGAUGAGCGCAGGGACGAAGCUCAGGCCAUGCAGGCCCUACAGGUUGCAGUAAAAUUAGAGGGGGACGUCAUAACAGCCAAUGGAUCCAUUUUAAGCGGAUACGAGGGCCACGAGGUACAGUCAAAUAGUAGUGGAUCAACUACAUCCAUGUGUUCUUGCAGCUGUGCACGUUUUAGUGCAAAUCGUCAUAAAACGCAUCAGUAUAAAGCUCGUCGUUCGCCCUCGCAUAUACGCCAUUUAUUACCGGAAAUUGUUCCAAUGCAGGACCUAAGUUACGACACCCAUAGCCUGAAUACGGACGGGCUCGAUAUCGUGGAUACAUCCUCAGGCUCGCCUUCAAAACCGCACAGACAAUUACUCAAGCGCAAUGUGUCACUACUCUCUUUUCGUAUUUAAAAUACAAUUACUAUUGAUUAGAAUUACGUACUUAAGUAUUAUGUAUGAUUAGUUACAUAUAUGUAGGUAUGUAGGUAAGUUUAAUUAAAUACAAUAAUUUUUAAUUCGCUGGUAAUCAUAGCUUUUAAAAUAGUAUGUAUUUAUUAUUGUAUAAUACUUUCAUGUGCAGGUGUUCGGAAUCCUACAUGCAUGCAUACGUACAUACAUAUGUACAUACAUAUGAACAUUAGGGUUGCCCCUAAAUCUCAAUCUAUAGUUCCCGGGGGCGUAUGAUGAACGCGAAAAUCAGUAACCUUUGAAUUGAACUAUUAAAUAACUGUAAAGUCUUAAUUAUUAUUAUGGCAUAGGUAGUGUCUGCUUCAAAGCAUACUUGAUCGGUUAUGGGUACCUGCAAUUUAAAAAUCUAGCUUUACUUUUUCGACUUUGGCCAACUUUUUUAGAUCUCCGAUCAUUGCGCUAUUGCAUUGCACUAAGGUAUAGGCAUGUAAGUCAGCUUUUUUCGUACUUACAAAAAAAAAAAACUUAGUUUUUGAUAAAGAAAACGUCAAAUCAAAUAACGGUGUAUUUUUAUAAAAAGGUAGCCAAAGCCGUUGCCUGUGAGAGAAAUACAUAUUUCGUUUUGUGUUCUGUCUUUUUUUGCAGCUAUUUUCGAACAAUCAUAUUUCAGUUGACAACACUGGAUCUCAAAUUAAUUAAAAUUUUUGCUGUAAACCAAUAUAAUUACCUAAAAAUUAACAAAAACAUAGAAAAUAAAGAAAAAUGUAAAUACUUUAAGAUCUAUAACUGGUAUUCUUUGAACAUUUUUUUGUUGAUUAAGAAACAUACUUCCGACACAACCUUUGAUUGUUAUUUUUUCCUUAAAAAUAUAAUUUGAAAAAGCUUUUAAAGUUUUUGACCGUUUUUGGACUUGUUUAGACUAUCAAAAUCGUGCAAAAAUUAAGACUUUUGAGUUUAAAUGGUCAGUUUCAUGUAGCGUUUUUUUUCGUGAUUUCUGAAAAAAUUGCUUUUUUGUGAACUAUUAAACUAUUUGCUGUAUGGAGGGAGCGAAGAUCUCAAUAAAGAGAGGAAAAAAGGCUGUUUGCAGUGUUGUAGCUGCAAAGGCUGCACCUUUUAAUUUUUCAACAUCCAAAUUAUAUUUGAAUAUAAAUAGUUUUUUAUAACUAAGAAGCAUUUUUAUCUUUAAUAAAAAUAUAAAAAACACUGUAUUCAAACUUUUUUAAUAGAACCACAAAUUAAAUGCUGCCACUUAUACCGCUCGGUCAACGAGGGUUAAGAUUUUUUGUAUCGCAAAUAUGUGGGUAGUCAUAUAACAAUAUUUUGGCGCUUAUAGUUUUUCUAAGUGUUUGUCCGUGAUUUUUCGCCAAUUUGGUGUGUGCGCCUUGGUAUGUUACACGAAUGCAUAGAUCUAUAAUUUUGCACCACCUCCGAGCGGAAAAUGGUCCGAAAUAUUUUGGUGGACGUCUUAAAAUAUAAUAGCUUUUAUAAUUCCAAUGGAAAAAUAGUACCGAUUUUUUUUUUUGUAUGUGGAGUGAUGCAGUCUAAUAUACACACAUAUAUCUUUAGUAUAGUACUUUCCAUACGUACACGACUUCGUCGAAAUACAAAAAGCCGUAACUCACUACAAAUCCAACAUUCACUGUUUGAUUGAUUAUGAUGCAUUUCAUCGAAUUAUCACACAUCAUUUUGUGCAAAAUAAAAAAAAAUUAGUUAGUUAUGGCUACUUUGCAUUUAAGCGUCGAUGUGAGAUACGCCCCUUCCAUACUAUACCACCGAUAAGUAAUAGCUAAUGAUAACAUUGAUUACACCGAGCAAGAGUCAAUUUUGCACUAAAAAUGUUUUUAAAUAAGUUUUGGAACUAAUCAUACCUUUGAAAUUUCAAAGUCCUUUAAAAAGUCCUGUCAGAGAGAAGAAAGAGAGAGAAAAUUUAAAGCGCAGUUUUACUAUAUUUUGCCCAUAGUUGCUUGAGUAUAUUGACUGUAUCGUGUGUUUUGUAUUUUUUUUUUUUGUUUUUGUUGCAUUAUACCACUCUCAAAAUAUACGUCUCAUUUAGACAUAAAAAUUAUAAAAAUUUUCCAUAAUGCAUUGUUCAACGUAGUCAAGUCUUCAAAUAUUUUGAAAGUUAAUUUGAAAGUACAUAGGCUAGGUUAGGGGUUGAAGCGUCUGCCUUCAUCCAACGUAGGAGAGAGGCACACUUAGAUCCAGUGGGUAUGGUGUGACACCAAUUGAGAGGCUGGGCCAGAUUUGUCGAGUUGUCCUACUCGAGGGUUCUACCGACCAUCUUCGAGUCCUUCCUCGGAGGGAUACGAGUUGAAGGCACAUAAAUAACCGAAAAAGGUUUAAAUUUAUUUAUUUUUAUUUAUGUUUAAUUUAUGCAUUUAUAACGUUUCAAAUCUACAGUCAUAUAUUCAAGCCAUCUAUACACAUACAUACAUACAUAUAUAGGGCAGUAAAAUUUUGCGAGUAAAAUUAUUUUAUGAAGUCAAACUUUGCAAAGCUUUUCCAUAGGAAAACCGGUUUUUACCGUGCAAUCCGUGCAAACCAUGCAUCGUGCAAGGGUUUUGCAAGACUUCGAGAAUACCCUUUUCACAUUCGAAAAUCCAUUUUUUUUCUCAGGGCGAUGUCCUAAGACAAGU